UCAAACGGCAUCCCAUGAGUUGGAUUUCCGAAAUUUCCCGUCAGUCGGUUCUUGAAUAGUAGGAGUUUUGUGUCAUGGCUUCUCGUCAAUCCAAGGGAUUCUCGUUUAGAUGAAAAUAAAAAUAGUGAGGAAAUCCGACUGUUUUCUGCUAAACUUUGAUAGGCACUCACUUCGACUGUUAAACCGAAUACUACAAGGGCCGACCACCCAGAGCUUUGUUACUUACCUAGAAUGGCAACAGUCGUUCAUAAGAAUGCAUUAAAGUCUUUGUCCAAUGGUAACGGUAUUGGACACCAUCCAAUGCAAACCCUCAAUGCCUUUGACAGCAUGAUUCCUCAAACUCAAUACGAAAACCAUGAGUUAACCGGCGAAGUGAUUAUCAAUGAGCAAGUGGACCUGCUAGAACAGAGCGGAACCACAGUAGAAAACAAUGAUGAAAUGCAGCAAGAAGCUGAAGCUGAACCGGAAGUAGACAUAGUGAUAAACAAUGUGGUGUGUAGUUUUAGUGUGAGGUGUCACUUAAACUUGCGAGAAAUCGCUCUUAAUGGCACAAACGUCGAAUAUAGGAAGGAGAAUGGCAUGAUUACGAUGAAAUUGCGCCGUCCAUACACCACAGCAAGCAUUUGGUCAUCAGGGAAGAUCACGUGUACGGGUGCAACCAGUGAAGAUUCUGCCAAACUGGCGGCGCGGAAAUUUGCCCGCUGCCUCCAAAAACUCGGUUUCAAUGUUAAAUUUAACAACUACAGGGUUGUUAAUGUGUUGGGGACUUGCUCGAUGCCAUUUGCUAUUAGGAUUAACUCAUUUUCUCAACAACACAGAGAGGCUGAUUACGAACCAGAACUGCAUCCAGGAGUCACGUACAAACUACAAAAUCCACGGGCCACCCUAAAGAUAUUUUCCACUGGAAGCGUAACCGUAACAGCUCCAAGUGUAGCGGACGUUCAAGCCGCAAUAGAAUACAUCUACCCGUUAAUAUACGAAUUUCGCAAAGAACGUUCUAAAGAGGAACUGGAAGCUUUGGCCAAAAAGAAACAGAAACAAGACUUGUACUCUGAUCCCGAUCCUACAUUAGCAACAUUAGCUACUGAUGAUAUUAAAGAACAAAUGGACACAGACGAUGAAAACUGGGGCGACUAAAGCGGGUGGUUGUCUAACAACAACCGAACUUAUCAGUGCUUCGUUCUGCGUUACAAUGUGAUUAUUUUCAGAGCUUAGGUUUGGUUAAAUUUCAUGUCCAUUUAGUGAUUAGUAUGUUAAUUGUAAUGCAGACAAGAGCGCGUUACAAUUGAUACACUUCUGUUAGUACUGUUGGCAAUUAUUCUCGUAAACACGCGAGAGAACUGUCCACAUACUACUCACUAGUCAAGCCCCACUGAUUUGACAUUUUCUCAGUUAUUUAUUGAUAUCUAUUAUGAGACUGCUGCAAGUUUAAGUUUUUCUUCAUUAACGAAUAAAUGUGCUGUUGAGUCAUUCGAACCUUUAAAUUAUUUAUGGUAUGAGUAUGAUUGUAGCUUGAAACCAUUUUUCAUCAACAGUUAAAGCGACUUAUUUCAGUUAUUCGAGACCGUCUUGGGAAUGGGCUGCUCUAACAUUAUUUUAUACCGCGUAAUAAGUGUUUGGUGUUUCUAGCUAUGAUGAAGAAUCUUAUAUUUUGAGUUACCUUGCUAAAAUGAUACUCAUGGUUUUCAUUCGAAUUAAUACAUUUUAGUAGUACAAAUCGUCGACAGUUUCCCCACUACAGCCUUAGUUUUUUUGCAUAGAUAUAGAUUAUGUUAAAGUUUGUACCUUAAACGUUAGAUUAGUUAGUGUAGCCGUUUAGCGAAUGUAAUAUAAAACGCAAAAUAUUGAGUGUCGUUGUAGGGUGUGUGUAUCCUACGGACCGACUUAAUUCAUACUUUUUACUCGAGAAUCAUUCAUUUUACAUUUUUCCUUUCAUCCUACUAGUAAUAAACAAUAUCGAACUGAAUCUCUGCAGAUUUUAGGAGUAGGUUUUCUCAAUAAUAAACAUACGACUUGUAUUUCGUCGGUUAUAAAUGCACCAAUUUACCAAAUUCGACGCAUUUAAGAAAGUCGCGCGAUCAUUGCGAGAUACUAUUUAAGCAUAUCGUUGUUAUGUGGAUGUUCUGUGAUGAUUAAGCUGAAAAAGUCGUUAAAACUAAGCACAUAGUUCACAUUUUGGAAAAGUUAAGGGACAUUAAUAACGCAACCUUAACUGAUUCGCCGCACUUUUUCACAACUGAUUCAUGUAUAAUUACUAGCAUUUCGAUGUCACCUCCCAAAAUAACGAAUAUUACUGUUCCCCAAUGCCUUAUAAUGUAGUAAUAAUGUUUACAUUUUUAGAUACUCGAAAAGGCUACAAGUAAUCAGGGUAUUAUCGUUCAUUUGUAUGCGGUUCAAUAAAACCCUUCUUUUAAUUAGAGGAGUACGAUUUCAAUUAGGUAUUUUAUAUAGCCUGUUGGUACAAGCUUUGGAAAGCAAUAAAACCAGUCAACCAACCGUCUGCCAUUAGUUCAUCAAUACAAAACUUAGAGGAAAAAUGGCAGAUUAUUAGCGUUGAGAAAUUUGGGGCGUAUACAAUUUUAUUCCGACUAAGCAGGUUCGGGGCACAUGGUCAUUAAUCGAUCCUGUGGGAAAUAAGUAGAUAGAAACAUAUACCAAAAUCUUUAUUUAGUAAGUACGAGUUUCAAUGUGUACAGUGUUUUAUGCGAAGCUCUUUUAUUCAUUGUCCUUCUGCUAAAUUAUGGAUAAAACUGAUUAUUCUAUAGAAUAAAGUUUUUCUCAAA